CUUAACAGUCCCUUCAUUCGGAUUGGCUGGCUCCACUCUUGUGCUGAUGUGGUGUUCUGUUAGCGAGACCGGUGGGACGAUUGGGACCGAUUUUUUGGUUGAAUAGUAGCGUCGCCAUCGUUAGACGGAAUGCCUUAUUUCCAGACGUGGGAGGAGUUCGCCCGCGCAGCAGAGAAGCUGUACCUGACGGACCCCAUGAAGGUGCGCGUGGUGCUCAAGUACAGACACUGCGACGGAAACCUCUGCAUCAAAGUAACGGACAAUGCCGUGUGUUUACAGUACAAGACUGACCAGGCUCAAGACGUGAAGAAGAUCGAGAAGCUCCACGGGAAGCUGAUGAGACUCAUGGUGUCCAAGGAGACACACAGCGGCUCCAUGGAGACAGACUGAAACGCUCGGCAGGCGCCGGCCUUCUGGAGCACCCGGACUGAGCCCUGUGGACCCGGUGGUUGAGAGCACAGAACCAUCGGUGCACUGUGGAGUCCCGGGACAUGGACCUGGCUGCCCACACUGAUACACCUUUUGGGGGCUGGUCAUGCAUACUGUAUAUAUUUUUUUCUCUCAGGAUGUUUUAUGAUCCGUUCUUUAUAAAAAAAAUCAAUCCACUCAUCUUUCAUUUUACUUCUCAGUUCUUGUGAUUGGAUCCCAGAUGGUAUUAGUAUUAGGUGUGGUUGGUGUAGGCUGUUGGAAGUUUGAUUUAGGAAAUGUUAAGUUGGCAAGAAGAGUGGUGCAACAAAUCCUGUGCUGUGUGCAAUGUAAGCAGCGUCGGCACCUUGGUUGUUAUUGUUUUUUUCCUGAAGCUUGUUUUUUUUCAGCUUUAAAGAGGACAAGGACAGGCAAUGAAUGUUUUUUGUCUUUUCUCUAUUUACAUCGAUGUUGGAUUCAAUUCAGCGGUUUUAUGCACCACAAGAAUGAAGCAGGACCUGAUAUCUCAAGAGUGGAGACACACACCUCCAAAUGCUAUUUUGUCGUCUGAGAAUCAUAUGUCACAUGUUUAAUAAAUGUUUAUUUAGCCCAGUA